UGUAUAUACAUUCAUGAUCACACCCGCUAGGUGCUAAAACUGUUUUUAUUUAAAUUAGUGUUCAAAGUGAAAAAUAAUUUAAAGUUAAUUAUGAGACAAUCAUUAUGGCGUUGAGGAUUCUGUUUCACAUAGCAGUAACAAUUUUCAGUUGACGUGGCUUAAAACCCUCGCCACGCUCCACAUUUCUGUUCUGAAUCAGUUUCAACGUGGCACUUCGUUAAAUUUCACAAAUAUUUCAACUAAGUUGAUUAUCAAAUCAAAUAUAAUAUUUAAAAUCACCGUUUCCCUCGAACCGUCUGAGUUAAGAGUUAAGGGCUGUUCUUACCACAGUGUUCUUACAUUUUUUGUACGAAAUGUGAAGUGUUUAGUAUUAAUGAAAUUAAAGUUUGUCAAGUUGAAGCAGUACAUCCACCGCAAGUUGAAGAUGUUCAACCUGUACAAGCACAUGCAGCAGGCCAAUAACGGCGAGCGGGAGCAGAAGGAGCCCGAGUACACGGGACACGACCGGUUUUACCAGGAGCGACCGAGAUCUACUUACAGGAAGAAGAAGCGUCGUGGAGCGUGUAGGAGGGCGCAGUCGGCAGCAGAAUUGAACCCGGAGUCUAUAGCUGCAGCCAACCGGAGGGAUGCCUUCCGUAUCCGAUCCGUGUCCACGGACAGAGAAGAAAGCGAGGAGGAAAACUCCGAGAAGACCCCAUUGGUGGCGCAGAAGAUCGACUCGCUAGCCAAGCUGUUGUUCAACAAGUCCAUCAUUGGUUCUGGAUCCGGCAAGUCUUCGCCUUCCACUUCAGAACCACCUUCCUCCCCUAAAUAUGACCUUAUAUCGCAGCUGAGCACGAUCGGCUCGCGGCCCAACAAGUACUGGUUCGCGGUACACGACAACUCCAUCAAAACGGACCGUCUGCUUUCUUUGAUGCCCCUGCCCAGCAAGUGUCCCGUUGAAUUCAACGAGCGUUCCAGAUCACUCAUAGUGGAACUGUUCCGUUCUGUCCACCACCCGUACAUCUACCCAGUGUUGGACUUGGAGGCGUUUAGUGGACACGCGCUGACUGUCAUGCCUUUUAACGCUCGGGGGAGUUUGAAAGACCUCAUUUACAAGAGCACAUGGAACGAGGAAUACUGCCGCAAGUAUGACUCAGGCGGCACCGGUCUGCCAGCGUGGCAAGUGGCUCGCUUCGGCCGACAGAUACUAGAGGGCCUGACCUUCCUCAGGGAGAAGGGAUUCCCACCCUUCAGGCAUCUUCACACGGGGAACGUGAUGGUUCAAAAUGGUGUAGCAAGGAUAUGCGCCCUAGAGAACACGUUAAUUGGCGCGUCCCCCCGAAUCCCGGCGACGGCGGAACACGUCGAGGCCCUCAGCUUCGGCCGAGUACUAUACGAGAUGUGCGCGGGCGCCGACCUGGAUCUGUCAUUGCUACCGGACCUGAUGCCUAACUAUCUACAUAUAGUGGAGAUGAUCGAGAUGAUCUUCGGUCCAAGAACGCCGACCCUUCACGAGCUGCUGCUCUGUGAGGUGUUCCGCAAGAUCGAUCUGCGGGAAAUGAAGGGAUCCUGUCUGCCAAACUUCAACCAGCGUCUGUCUCGCUCCUGCCUAUCGCUCCUUAGCGAUGUGGCUCGCCGGCAGCCCGGAUGCCGCACGCCGCCGGCGCGCUCGCUACGCGGGUCCCCUUGCACCCCGCCCGCUAGACGGAGACACUUUGCAGUCGACCAAGAUUAUACAGAAGAGUGGCAGUGGUGACUUUUACUUUAUAUUUUAUCCGUUUUAAUUUGUCUAAUGUAUUUUAUUUGAUAGUAAUUUAAUAAAGGAUUGGAAUUAUU